AUGGUGUUUCACUUUACGGAGGAGAAUGACAAGGAACUCAUGAGGGAAGCGAUUGCUCAAAAGUCGUUUACGGCCAAGUACGGAGACUCUGCUGGUGUCCGGGCGAGCGUAGCUGAGCGUGUUUCAGCGGCUAUCAAAGCCAUUGUUAUAGAGAAUCAGGUCAGAGACCGUGUACGUUAA